UCGAUUUUUAUUCAUUUUUGUCUCUUUUAUUUUUGUGUUUUUCUCAAAGCAUUUAGAAAAAAUAAAUAGAAUUGUGUUUUUAUUUUAAUUUUAUUUUAAUUAUUUUAAAGUGUUUAAUUUUAUUUAAUUUUAAAUAGUUUUAAUUGAAUUUGUCUCUAAAAUAAACAUUAAGGGUACUAUUGGCAUUUUUGAAACUUAGUAACCCUAAUAAAACACUAUAUAUUAAAGGAUGUUGCAAGAAAUAAAGGAGGAACCUACACACUAUUCAUACCAAGGAGGCCGCCCCCAUUCUUUUCCGGAACUUAUCAAAUCAAGUGAGAAAGCGGCGCAUCAAUGUCAAAACAACAUAAUAGAAAAGAAACAUAAAGAGAAGGGGGAAGGGACUUGAUUUUUUGCUUCAGAUUCUUUUUCUUAAAAAACAUCAUUUCAUCUGUUUGCUUUCCUCCCUACCACUUUUUACUAUAUACCAUACAUACACUACCCUCCUCUCACUAAAAAAAAUAGAAACAAUAUCACCACCCUCAUCUCUCACGCACACCUGUUAAACCAAUUUCAUCCAUGAUAUUUCUAUAAGCACUUUUAUUUUCACUUGAAAUCUCACUCUCUCUCAAUUUUAAUUGGAAAAUAAAUGAAUAGCAAAAGUGGAUCUGUGAAGAUACAAACACCAUCGUGAAACCGUAAAUCACCGCCUGCCACUACAUGAACAUUAACUACAACCAUAUUCAAAGUGAUUCUCAACACGCGUUAGAACAAGGAACCAUGUCUCAGGAGAUGAUGGAAGAGCUAAGAAAUGGCCAAGAAGCACUGAAGGAGGAACUUAACCUUUUGAAGAGCCAAAUGAGAUGGGUCUUGGAAAAUUUGCAAGUCUUGUUGGGAAAAGAGGGUCACCCAAUAUACGCUGCUGCAACAAAGAGAGCUACUACGCCACAUACAUCUGGUGUUACCCCAAGUCAAGGGAAAUUCUAUGUGGAAACUCCUCAUUUACCAGUAUAUGGACCUCCCUCAAGACGUCAUCAUCAACAUCCUCUGGCUAUUGCUCCUCAAAGUCACCGAAGUCAGGUUCAGAACAAAAAUCAGAAUCAGAACAAGAGGAACGAAAAUCACAGUGACCCAAUUCCGGUGCCAUAUAGCAAGCUAUACCCACAACUGAUCCAGAAUGCUUUGGUGACCCCUCGAGCUCUCGCACCUGUGUCACCAUACCUGCCAUGGUACAAUCCAAAUGCAACAUGUGAAUUCCAUAAAGGAGCAUUGGGACAUGACCUGGAUUCUUGCUUAGCGUUGAAAGCCUUGGUGCGAGGGUUGAUUAACAAAAACAGCUUAAUCUUUGAAGAAGAUCAUCCGAAGGUCAAGUGCGAAUACCAUACUGGGACAAUGGGGCACUCCAUCGAGGAAUGCAAGAGUUUUAAGCUCAAGCUGCAAGGAUUGAUUGACAUAGGGUCACCAACACUCAAGGAGGAAGGCUUAGGUACAUAUGCCUUGAUUUCUGAGCCAGGUAAUGAGAAAGGGAAAGGACCCUUGACACCCCUCAAGGUUUUGUUCCACAAGGAAGAUGUCAGGGAUGUGGCUAAUGAGCUAUCAUUGUUUCCUGGUAAGAGCAUUGAGAUACCGUCUUGGAUUUCCAAUGUCACGACCCAUACCAAUGAAAGAAAAGGAGAGGUGAGUAGUGGAUCCAAGAGGGCUGCGUUCAACGAUGAGAUAGAAGGAAAAGAAUUUGAAGAUCAUCCUGCCAAUGUCAAAAAACUUGUUGAUCCCAACCUUCAAGUGGCUGAAAAUAAGCAGUUAGCAAUGCCCAAAGUGUUGUACCAGCAACCACCAUCUUCUGGUCUUCAUUGCCAACAAACCUGGUUUGCUCCUCAUCCAAAUCAACAAGCCCAAGGCCCGAGAUAUCAAGAGCAACAUAUGCUUCAAAAUAACUUGGAAAGAAGAAAUGAUCCUCGACAUCCAGUCUUCAUGACAUAUAGCCAACUCCUACAACCUCUGAUUCAAAACUCGUUGGUGGUUCCCAAGUCUCUUAAGUCGGUUCCACAACCUUACCCACCCGGGUAUAACCCAAAUGAGAAAUGUGGAUAUCAUGCCGGAUCAGAAGGGCACUCAACUGAAGACUGUGACGCUUUCAAAGCCAAAGUACAGCAGCUGAUUGACAACAGGUACAUAGCCUUUCAAGAAGGAAGCUUGUUGGUAAAUGUUAACCCAUCGACCGGACAAGUGCGAAGAUCUCAAGGGGUGUUCCCCUAAGUUAAUGGAUCAAGAUUGAAGAAGUCAAUUCCCUAGA